UUUCUAGUUUAUGGAAAAAAUUGUAUUCGGAAAUUGACAUUCGAUUCUUUUCCAUGUAAUAAUAGUAGAUUUCAAUUAUAAACCUAACCUCAAUAUGCAAUUCCUUUUCUAAUUAAAUUAAACAAAUCAUUAACGUAUGUGAGGACGAAAAUACCAGCAGCAAAAAUAGAAUGACGUGAGAAAUCUAAGAUCUUGUUUAUUUCUUACUUUUAAAAUGUUCCAACUCAGAAAUUUUAGUAAAUGUAAACAAUUAACCUCUAUUAAAAUUUACAGUAAUUUGAAACAAACAACUUACAUAGAGCCAUGUAGCAUGUGUAUUGUACAGUUAAGACAUUUCCAGCAAGAAAAGAAGUAUCACAAGUACAGUGGAAAUGGCAACUACUCAAGAACAUUUUUUAAACUGGGAUUAGGUCUAUGUGGUAGUCUUGGGCUGUGUUUUACUUAUUUGAAUUUGAGGGAAGAUAUUCCCUACUACUUACCAAAGUCUUUAAAUGUACUUAAUUAUAUUACACCAGUUGUAUAUGCUGCUACUCCAAUUGAACCAAAACUUCCUAAAGACAGUUUAAGAAAUAAAUUUAAUUUUGUUGCUGAUGUUGUAGAUAAAUGUGCAUCUUGUGUUGUUUACAUUGAGAUUCAGGAUUCUAGGAGGUUAGAAUUUUUCACUGGUACUCCAACUACAGUCUCUAAUGGCUCUGGAUUCAUUGUUAGUAAUGAUGGAUUAAUCUUGACUAAUGCUCAUGUGGUUGUAGCUAAACCCGGUAGUAGGAUUCAGGUGAAACUCGCAGAUGGCUCUACUCACAAAGCGACCGUUCAAGAUUACGACCUGAAAUCGGACUUGGCUUUGCUGAAGAUUACAACUGAUCGCAAGCUGACGACUGUGGUGAUGGGCUCAUCGCAGGAGCUGCGGGUGGGGGAGUGGGUGGUCGCUCUCGGUAGUCCACUGGCCCUGUCAAACACUGUGACAGCUGGAAUAAUCUCCAGCCUGCGCACCAGUCAGGAAAUUGGACUGCGGGGCAAGGACAUGGAGUAUAUACAGACAGACGCAGCUAUCACGUUUGGAAACUCGGGUGGACCCUUGGUGAAUCUUGAUGGUGAAGUGAUAGGAAUCAAUGCCAUGAAAGUUACAGCUGGGAUUUCCUUUGCUAUUCCUAUUGACUAUGCCAAGUCAUUUUUGAAGAAGGCAGAGGAGAAAUUAAAAAGUAAACAAAUUUUAACAAACAAUCUUGGUUACUACAAGCCACAGGUAGGACCCAUUGUGCGACGCUAUAUGGGCAUCACGCUAAUCACCCUGUCUGAGCCGAUACUGCGGGACCUACAUAGUAAAGGGGUAAACAUCCCUCCAGGAAUCAAGCAGGGAGUCAUCAUCUGGAAGGUUGUCAUUGGCUCUCCAGCCUUCAUUGCCGGACUGAAGCCGGGGGACAUAGUGACUCACAUCAAUAACAAGGAGGUACCGGGUGCCAGUGCCGUCUACUCGGUAAUGGAGGAUCCUACAGUUGACAGCACCCUCACCAUGAGGAUCAUCCGGGAUGGUCGCAUCAUGAACCUUACUGUUGUCCCAGAGGAGGGAUAGGGUAGCCCUUGCUAUUAUAACCGUAAAGUCCAUUGAUGUUGUAAAUGUGUGGAGGUGUCCUAAGAGGAAUCCAAUAUCAAAUGUUCUCAGAUACUUACUAUUUGCAUAGUACACAUGGUUGUAUUAAUUCAUAGUAAUUUAUUUGUUCAGUUUUAUAUUUUUAUUUGGUUUACAUCUGCCUUCAUGUAAGAUUCAUGACUGAUUUUGCCUGAAAGGAAGUAUAUUUUUGAUUGUGGUUUUAAAAUAUACAUUUGUUAUAUUA